AUGAAUAGGGUCUCUCAUGGUUUUCCUUUUUUUUUGUUUUGUUUUUUUUUUUUUCUUUGUUGCAGCUACUUUGCCAAGAUUAUCGAAAAAUUGCCCAAACCAGUCAACACAUCAGUUACUACAGAGCAUGAUGUCCCUAGGCAGCCAAAUGGUAGAUUAAGAUUUCCUGACGCUUUUCUUUUACCUACUCCGAUAUCGCCUGUGGUAACAGAACGCAAAAACAUACUGAACAAGGAAAAGAAAUCAGUCAAUGAAUAUAGGAUACAAUUGAUUAAUGAUCUAGGGCAACCAUUAGAGAACUGCACGCGGAUAAUAGAAGAACAGCAGAUCAAGAGAGAUAGCAAUGUAUUUACCAGGUCUACUAUUCAGAACUACAUAAGAGAAUGUUGUUAUCGGGAUAACUAUGCUAACGCUCCUUGGUUAAUCAAACCAUCUGUUGCAGAUAAAUACAGUAUCGAUGCAACUCUACCGCUACAUCUUCAAGAGUUGCAGGAGCAAGUGAUGACCAACGUAUCUCGGAAACGAAAACCUUUAACAAUUAUUGAAAAGGAAGCUGAAAAACGAGCUAGAAAAGAGGAAACUUUGUUACAAAAAGCCAAAUUGAAAGAGGAGCGUAUUCGAUUGCGUGAAGAAAAAAAGAAACAGUCAGCCGUCAAAUACCCUGUAGAAGACCUAGAUCUACCUAUAUACCGCAAAGAUCCCAAUACAAACUGGACUUUAGUCGACAUGAAUCCAGAACAUUAUAAUGCCAGUAAUACCCAUAUUCCCUAUCCUAGUGGCGGUCGAACAGAGCGCCCCAUCCCACAACAUGCUUCCCGGAUACCACCAGGAUUAUUUGAAAUAUUCUUAUCUGUAUGGACUUUUAUCAGUAUUUUUUCAGAACCCUUGAAAAUAACAGCCUACAGCUUGGACGAUUUUGAGCAAGCUUUACUUCACAAUACACAUCAGCCCAAAGCAACUGUUCUGGUGGAAUAUAAUGCCUGUCUUUUGAACGUUAUUAUCAAAGAGCGUAAGGAAGGAACAACGAACGAGCUGAUCAAUGGUACCCUCAUGGAAGAUUAUGUAGAUGCCCUUACAGAAGAACUAGAAGACAAUGAAGAAAGGAAAAAGAACAACAAAGAGGAAGAUCACAAUCCACUACCGAGAAUCGAAAGAGGAUGGAGAGACAAAGAUCACCUCAAGUUCAGUCAACGAUGGGAUCAUAAAGAGUUACGUGCCAACUACGAUCGCCGUGGCUGGGAAACCGCCUUGAUUGGUUGUUUAAAUGAUGUAGCUACUCCAGAUAUACUGCCUAAUGUCGAUGAGUUAUUACAGCACUUGGUGCCUAAAUCAGGUUCCUCAGCAGCGGACCGAGAAAAGCAAUACCCCACACUAGGUAUCAAAGAAAAAUUAGACAUUUUGCAUUUCUUGAUUGAUACUGUGAAUGAAUCCACCUUGAUCAAGAACUACAUGGAGUAUUGCCAAGAACAAAUGACUGAAUUCAGAAAACAGAAAAUGGAGUUAAAUAAAGAAGCAAGGAUAUUGAACGCUAAACGAAUCGAAUUGAAGAAGCAGGAAAGAAGUAAAAAAGACGAAGAAAAUGGAACUACUGAGGAUGGCGAUGACGAUGACGACGAAGAUGAUGAAGAAGAUGACGACGAUCUCACCUCGAGCGAACACAGUGACUCUGAUUCUUCUGAUGAAGAUGAAUCUGACGAGGAAAACGAUACAACCAAACAAUUGGAACGACGCCAUUUAUCACGACAAGAAAAGCUUAAGCAAAAGCAACGUGAACGAGUAGAAGAGGAGCUCAAGCGGAAGAAAGAAUAUGCUGAGCAACGUAUGAUUGCAAAAGCUAAAAAUGAAGAGCAACGUCUAAAGGCAAAUGAAAGACGUAAACUAGAAGAAAAUGAGAAAACUGUUAAAAGAAAGGAAGAACAUUUGGAAAGAUCAAUGAGAAAAUACAACACUUUGCGGGUUCGACCGUUAGGAAAAGAUAGAUUUUAUAAUCGUUACUAUUACUUGGAUAAUAUUGGAAUAGCGAAUACAUAUGGCUCUGGACGUUUGUUUGUGAACAGCCCAAGUGAUGGAGAUAUACAGUUAUUGAUGGAAAGAGAUCAUUAUACCAACCUUCCGGAAAGACCGUGGGGUUAUGGCGGCGGUGUAUGGUUUGUCAAAAAGCUAAUGCAAGAGCAAGGUUUAGUAGAUGAGAGUGAGUGGUUAGAACAGCGUAUGAAUGAGCUUAAAACAGAUCAGCCUCCAGCUUAUUAUGGUUGGUGGAGGUAUUAUUCCGAAACUGAAGAGAUUGAGAAACUAUUAUCUUGGUUAAAUCCCAAAGGUAUUAGAGAACAUAAACUAAAAUCAGAAAUAGUCAAGAAACGUAGUCUGAUUGAAGAGUCCAUGAAAAAAAGGUCUCAGGUAUGGAAACUAAAUAAGACCUCUCCUAUUGUUCCCCUUGAGAAUAGAAUAUGGUAUCUGAGAUAA